AAAAGAAGCUACGUUUUUUUCUUUGUUCUUCCUAAGCAAAUUACUACAUUUAAAAGCUACGGAUGUAUUAUUCUUGCUAAGCAUUCCCAACAUUUGGUAUCAGAGCCAUGGUCGGUGAAGGUUCGCGCACUCCGUCACGCUCGCCGGUACGACGUGGGCGGAGUCUGACGCGGCGAGGCGGCCGCGAGGUGGUGGUACAGCAGCGUGUCGUCCACCAGGCCAGCAGCACCGUUGUCUACCCGACGUUGACGGCGACGAACUAUUUCGAGUGGGCGCUCAUCAUGAAGGUGAACAUGGAGGCCCAAGGCGUGUGGGACGCUGUCGAGGGUGGCGGGAGCUUUAGCGAGGAUAGGGUGGCGCUAGCGGCAAUUUUGCGAGCCGUGCCACCGGAGAUGCUCUCCACGCUUGCCGUGAAGGCGACGGCAAAGGAGGCAUGGGACGCCAUCAAGACCAUGCGUGUGGGCGAUGAGCGUGUCCGUGAGGCCAAAGCACAAACUCUACUCAAGGAAUUUGAUUCCGUUCGCAUGCGGAGCGGUGAGACGAUCGACGACCUCGCCAUGCGCAUGAACGGACUCACCAACAAGAUUCGCACCCUCGGUGAGACCUUCAAGGAGGUGAAGGUCGUGAAGAAACUUCUUCGGAUCGUGCCGUCCAAGUACACCCAGGUAGCUAUUGCAAUUGAACAGCUUCUUGAUCUCAAAACCAUGUCCAUGGAGGAGCUUGUGGGAAGACUCAAAACGGUGGAGGAUAGGAGCGAUGCGGACGACGACGUCGACAACAAUGACCAUGGCGGUGGAGGUCAAUUGCUACUCACAGAGGAGGAGUGGCGUUCUCGCUACCGCGGUGGCACCGGCAAGAAGAAGAGUACAUUCGACAUCCGUAAGGUUCGAUGCUACAACUGUCAAGAGUAUGGGCAUUUCUCCAAGGAUUGCACGGCACCAAGGAAGGAGCGGGCAUAUCUCGCCGCCGCGAUCGCCGACGACGAGCCGGCACUGUUGUGAUGGUCCGCGAGAAGUUCUAAAUAAAUGACAACAAGGUUAAGGGGGUGAAUGUUGGAGUUAACCUUGUUGUUUAUAAUUUCGUCAUGUUUAAUUUAGUUUAUUUUGAGUCAUUGAUGCAUUUUAGACUUGAGUGUUAGUGCACGGCGGGAUGAGUCAUGCCAAGUAGUGUGCGUCGCGUGACACCGUGCAUGUGUUGUAGCGGUACUGAUGUGCGUAUGUACCGUUACAUUAGUGUUAGUCUAAGUUGCAUGUGGUGAUAAAUUACUUAAUUAGUUACGCAUGCAUAUCAUGUAGUGUGUGUAGUGCGUAGUGGGAUGGUUAGUUACGCAUGCAUGUAUUCUGCAUAGUGGGUUAGUGCGUAGUGUAUUAUGCAUGCAUAGGAUCGGAUAUGUUUGCUUGUUUAUAAAUAGUGAAAAUGUGUGUCAAAGUGUAUUAAUGCUUUGAGCACCAAAAGAAGCUACGUUUUUUUCUUUGUUCUUCCUAAGCAAAUUACUACAUUUAAAAGCUACGGAUGUAUUAUUCUUGCUAAGCAUUCCCAACAGCAGCAGACGAUGAUGAAGAUCGUUGGGCUUUCUUUGACCGGGAAGACGACUGAACUGGAUGUAGAACCGUUCCACACCAUUCGUGAUGUGCAGGAACAGAUUCAGGAGCUGGAAGGCAUCCCGGUUGAACACCAGCGGCUUAUCUUCGCCGGAAAGCUUCUCCAGGAGGGUCGCACACUUGAGGACUACAACAUUCGGAGCGGCUCUACUAUCAAACUCGUUCCCCGCUUGUGCGGUUGUUGAAUGUUGAAACAUGAUCUAUGUUACACAAAAACUAGAAAUGUCAUUUUCAAUUGGAACAAAAGUGCUUGCUUCACAAGUUUAUGAAACAUUUUCAAUUAAACGAGGUAGCUAGCAAUGGCAGACCCACUAAGGGUCCCACGGGUCCCGGACCCCGUGCAAAACAAUACAUAUAUAUUAUUAAUAUUUUAUGUAAAAUUAAUUAGUACUUGUAUAUUUAUAAGCAUAGCGCCUUUGGAAGUGAUUGACUUGAGCAGCGAAACGGGUGAAUGUUAGAGGCAAAAU